AUGGCGACCACGCUGACGCUCUCACUCUUUCUGCCAAAUACCGUGUCUUUUUCCGAACUCCCAGCCAAGGAGGCCCGCCACAACCCGGCAUUGCAAUUACAUAGGCGUGCGACCUCAGACCUGCCCAACAAAGCUCGGACAAGCACAGCUUCCUUAUUCGAUCAAUUACCAGGCGCCGCAAACCUGGGUGAAAAAGAGUUCGCAGAUGAUGAACUGAAGCGACUAUUUGCGAAGCCUGGCGAUCCCCGCUCUCUCCUGCGCAGCGACACCCAUGCCGAAUGGGGACGGCAAGAUGUCUUCAACCAGCCGCGGUCGCGAGCUCUGCCGCUGCCAUCCGCCUCGAUCCAGGACUUUGCGAAAGCGUACGACCAGAUCAAGGAGGACAAUGAUCGUGCACGACAGAAGGUGCCUGGGCGCGUGACUAGGAUGUCGCCCUCAGAUGAGACUUCUCGGUCGGGCAGCUCCGAGAGAGGUUAUGAAGGCAAGACAUGGACCGUGCAGCCUGCGUUGCACGGAAAUGGCGGCCUUGUGAAUGCAAUCCGUCAGGUUAGUGACGCAGAUGGAUCCAUUGACUUCACGUGGAUUGGCACGCUUGGAAUGCCGACCGAUGCGCUGCCCACUACCAUCAGAGACGAGAUUCGCGACCGACUUCUGAACGAAUUCAGGAGUGAAGUCGUCUUCGCGAGCGACAAGGAUAUCGACGGCCACUACGCUCAUUACUGCAAGACUAUCCUCUGGCCAAUCUUCCACUAUCAGGUACCGGAUCAUCCAAAGAGCAAGGCAUACGCCGACCACAGCUGGGACUUCUAUCGUAACGUGAAUCGUGCCUUCGCAGACCAGGCCAUCUCCAGCUACAAACGUGGCGAUACGAUCUGGGUGCACGACUACCAUCUGCUUCUCGUCCCUGCUAUGAUCCGCGAAAAGCUACCCGAGGCCAAGAUUGGAUUCUUCCUUCACACCGCCUUUCCGUCCUCGGAAGUGUUCCGCUGCUUGUCAACGAGAAAGGAGCUUCUCGAGGGAAUGCUCGGCGCCAACUUGAUUGGUUUCCAGUGCGAUGAGUACUCCUCGCACUUCCUACAGACCUGUAGUCGCCUCUUGGCAGUAGAAACCACGGCCGACGGUGUUCAGCUCGAGGACCACUUCGUCAAUGUUAGCAGCAUGCCGAUCGGUAUCAAUCCAUCAUUGUUCGAGGAGAUUCGGCAAUCUCCAGAAGUCAAGAAGAUGAUCGAUUUGUAUGGCGAGAAGUACAAAGACAAGAUAGUAAUAUGUGCUCGGGACAGACUUGAUUUUGUCCACGGCGUCCGUCAGAAGCUUCUUGCCUACGAACUCUUCCUCAACAGACACCCGGAAUGGAGAGAAAAGGUUUGCAUGAUUCAAGUGGCGACCUCAACGAAUGAUCAGUCCGAGCUACUUGCCCAAGUGUCCGACAUUUCCUCCCGCAUCGACUCGGUACAUGCUACGCUGAAUCAUCAACCGCUUCUGUUCCUUGCUCAGGACAUUCCAUUCGCGCAAUACCUAGCCAUGAUCUCGAUCGCGGAUGUCUUCAUGAUUUCUGCAUUGCGAGACGGAAUGAACCUGACGGCACACGAGUACAUCUACUGCCAGGACGGUGCGGCCGGUAGCCCGAAGAAGCAUGGCCCUCUAAUUCUCUCUGAAUUCACGGGAAGCGCUGUUGUAUUCGAGGACAAUCAUCUUUCCAUCAACCCGUGGGACUACAGCGGCCAGGCAGAGGCCAUCAAUGAUGCUCUCAAAAUGAGCAGUGAAGAGAAAGAACGUCGGUGGACUCGACUCCAGGAGAUCGUCAUGAGCCGGACUGGAACGCACUGGGUGCAUGAGCUUAGCAGGCAACUUGACCAGGCGUAUGAUGAGCACCAUCAGCGUGCUUCUGCUGCGGUUCCCCGUCUAUCAGUCCCACAGCUAUCAGAGAAGUACAAGGAGUCGAAUUGUCGACUGUUCAUCAUCGACUAUGAAGGCACCCUCGCGAAUCACAAAACCGCAUCUGGCAUACCUCUGGGAUCUCCAGCUCGCAUUGUCGAGGCUUUGGACGACUUGAUGAAUGACCCGCGGAACAUCCUCUAUGUCAUGUCGGGCAGGAAGCCCGAGGAGCUUGAGAACCAUUUCCGCAUGCUUCCGCGUGCAGGCCUCAUCGCCGAGAACGGGUGCUUUGUACGCGAGUUCGGGGGUCAAAGCGAUGAGUGGAUGCCGUUUGUGGACCUCGAAGAGGUGAACAAGUGGAAGAACGAAGUACGCGGCAUUCUGGAGUACUACCAGGAGCGUCUCGAAGGGAGCUACAUUGAAGAGCGCAAGUGCAGCCUACUAUUUCGCUACGAGAAGUGCCAAGAUCAAGAAGCGGCAGUUCGUCAAGCUGGUGAGAGCGCCGAUCAGAUCAACGGCUCCUGCAAGUCCAUGCACAUUCACGCAGUCCCUAUCAAGGGCUCCGUGUUGAUUGAGCAGGAGGAUUUCAGCAAGGGUACCGCUGCGAAGCACGUUUAUGACAUGCUCCGUACGGAUUCCAAGGGUAUCACCAAACCAGAUUUCAUGCUGGUCGCUGGCGAUGAUCGCGAGGACGAGGUCAUCUACCAGUGGGCGAACGAUCUCGGCGAGAGCGGUGAGGUGAAGGACGUCUUCACUGUGACUGUUGGCAAGCGCAACACUCUAGCACACUCAACUCUCACUCAAGGGAGCACUGGACUGCUGAGUGUGCUCCAGAAACUGGCCAAAAUCUCGCUUGAGCAGUCGGCGCCAGACUACUUCAACCUCCCUCGCAGCAGCACUUUCCCAGCUUAA